AUGGCUUCUGUCGACCCUUCCCUUCACGAUCCGCUCCUUGCGCUUCGCCGUGCGAUCGCAGCCGGCAGUCUUCCCACGCCAACCACAACCUCCGACCUUUCGGAUGACAAUGCGACCGAGGACCUGGCCAAGGCUACCCAUCUGUACUUCCGCCAGCCAAUUCCCCAGACCAUUCCGCUGACGGCGUCGACGCGCUUCGUCUCCGCCUCGUCAGACUCCGCGGUCGAUCUCCGUAGCAUCUUCUUCGCUUGGCAGAAGAAAGAUGUCGCAAUUCCCGAGUACAUCGCCUCGGCGCAGGAAUUGAACGAGUCGCUGAAGCAAAAGGAGCGCAAGGAAGGCGAGCCAGAGGAGAAAGUGCAGAAUCUGGUCUUCGUCGAGCGGCUGGAUCUCAUCACUUGGCUGGAAGGCGCGUCGGAUGAGAGCGAGUACAUCAAACCCCUUGAGGGUGCGGCGGCGGCCGCGCCCUCUGCCGCUCCGGCGGACGCGUCUGCUGCGAUUGCUCCUGGGGCUGCAGGUGCUGUCUCUGCAGUGUCUGGUGGUGCUCAGACGGCUCAGGGUGGACGGGCGCCGAAGGCGAUUGAUCCCAGAUUACAAGAGAUCUACAAUGGAGAACGGAAGAUGGGCGAUCGGAAUAGUGUCCUACGGGGGAUCAGGCCUACCGAUUUUUCACACGUUCGCAAAGUAGCAGAGACCUUCCUCGGGCGCAACCGCUCACGAACAGGACAGUACCCUCCCGGCGCUAAGCCCGGAAGCAAGCCGCAAUCUGUCCUGCCUGCCCCGUCCGCGGGACUGACUCAGCCCCGAAAGAGCGGCAGCUCCAAGAACCAAGACCCGAUCAUCCUUCUCUCCCCCUCCGCCUCGUCUCUGAUCCGCAUGUCCAACGUCCGCUCCUUCCUGCAGGACGGCGUCUUCGUGCCCCCGGACCACCCGACCCUCGCCAUGCCCAGCUCCUCCAACAACCUGCUCUACAUUUACCGCCCCCUCCGCUCAGAGGCCGGCUCGACGUCCGCCUCUCGCCCACUUGGCGCUUCUCCGCCCGGAGCAACUUCCAAGAAACCCACCCGCUUCAUCCUCGUUGACAGCACCGCCAACUUCCGUCCGGACUACUGGAACCGUCUCGUUGCCGUUUUCACAACGGGCCAGACCUGGCAGUUCAAGUCGUACAAGUGGACCUCCCCGCCCGAACUUUUCAAGCACGCCACAGGCAUCUACGUCGGCUGGCGCGGUGAAGACGUCCCCCGUGAAGUCCGCGGCUGGGGCCGCGGCGUGCAGAGCUUCGCCGUCGAGCGAUGGGACGAGAAAGGCGGUGUCCAUGGCGCCGGCCGCUGGCGCGAUCGUGAAGUCGUCGAGAAUAUCUGGACAGCCAUCGAAGAAAGCAUGAAAGCAAGAGGGUGGGGAGCCGGGUCGACGAAAUAA